GGCUACAUCGCAAUGGCGAUUGAAGCAGCGCGUCAGAUCAGCGCAGGCGAUGCGGGAUAUCAGAUCCAGGACUUGCAACUCAACCACGCCAUGGUUCUGGACCGGUACAACACAAUCGAGAUCAUGACGUCGCUUUGGCGGUGCGGCGGAUGGUACAGCUUCAAAAUCAGCUCCCACAACGGCGUGUCCUGGGUCGAGCAUUGCUCAGGCCGAAUCCGACGCGGAUCCUCCUUGUCGAGGCGAAGAGGGCCCGCGGAGAGUAGCAACGGUUCACGCGAACUGACUCGCUCGAUAGAUGCUGCCAAAUGGUACCAGAUCCUAGCCAAGACUGGGGUCGACUAUGGGCCUAGUUUCCAAGGAGUCCGUUCUCUCCGAUCAUCCUCGUCCUGUCUGUACUCGUCGGCCACUGUUGUCUCGACGGUCAAGGAGACUGUCUACUACCCGAUCCACCCCACGAAGCUGGAUGCCUGCUUUCAGGGCGUCUACGCGGCGUCGUAUCAGGGGCUGGAGUGGAAGAUUGGCCAACUCCCUGUGCCCACGCGUUUUGGCAACAUCAGCAUCAACGACUGCAUGUCCGACAUGACGUGCAAUGUGUCGGCACAUGCACUGAGGCGAGGCGCUUUCGGCGCCAGUGCCGAGGCAUAUGCAGCAGACGGCACGGUGGCGAUGACGCUGGAGGAUACGCUGAUCCAGCCGCUGGGGGCAGCGGCAGGGGAGACGAAGCGCGAGUGCGAGAGUGGCGCGCGGCUUCACUGGGCACCAGCCAUUGGCUUUGUGCCGCUCAGCAGCCUUGUUUCGUCGCCGCCCGGUUGGUCGGAGAAUGCGCUCAUGCUGAGUCGGCUGACGGAGGCAUGCAUCGGGGAGAGCCUGUGGCAGUUGGAGAAGCAGGGCGUGGCUGCGAGUGCGAGUGUGGCGCACCUGGGCAGAUACCACAGCUGGCUGCGGGCACACGGUCGUGCCCGGGCUUCUGGCGCCGUGUUGAAGGAGCUGGCCCAGCAGGCAUCGGCGACGUCGGUGGGAGCAUGCGCGGCCGCCAUGGUGCGGGUGGUGGACAACAUUGUGCCGCUGUGCAAAGGCGAGGUGGACGCGGUCGAGCUGCUGCUCGGCGACGACACGCUGACGGACAUGUACGACUAUCUGAACACGGUGGAUCGCACUCGCCUGUUCCGCGCGCUUGGCCACCAGCACCCCCGCCAGCGCAUCCUCGAGAUUGGCGCAGGCACGGGCGGGACCACCGCCAAGCUUCUUGGCAACACCCGCUACGCCACAUACACCUUUACCGACAUCUCCGCUGCCUUCUUCCCCGCCGCCCGCUCGCGCUUUGCGGCACAUGCCAACCUCGUCUUCCGCACGCUGGACAUCACGAGCGACCCCGUCGCCCAGGGCUUUCUUCCCGCGUCCUUUGACCUCAUCGUCGCAUCCAACGUGCUGCACGCCACGCCCAGUCUCCGCGGUACCCUGGCCAACGUGCGAAAGCUGCUUCAUCCCUGCGGCAAGCUGCUCCUGGAAGAGCUGUGCGGAGAAACAAAGUACUCCAACAUCGUCACCGGCGUUCUGUCGGGAUGGUGGGCUGGCACAGGCGACGGCCGCGCCGACGAGCCCUAUGUCAACCCCGAGCGCCCCGAUGCCGGCGCUGCUGAUCAAGCCGCGUUGGACGAGCUGCACAAGGGCCAUGGCAGCCAAACUACCAGUGCCGUCGAGCUGGAGAGCAGACCCUCAACCCAGCCUCCACUCAAAUCUACAAUCCUGAUUGCUGAUUCAGCCUCCUCGGAAACAGCUGUCCUCUUCCAAAAACAGCUGCGCUCUCGCGGCCACGUGGUGACGGUUCAGCGUCUCGGAGAGUCGCUGGCUCCCUCAUCACAUGUCAUCGUCCUGGUGGAUACUACUCUACCGUUUUUCCACAACAUAUCAGCCAUCAACUUUUCCACGUUUCAAGACUUUCUACGUGAGCUGCAGCGAUCACACUCCGGGGCACUUUGGGUCACUCGAAGCAGCCAAGUGGGCUGCAAGGACCCUCGUUAUGCCAUGUCCAUUGGCGUGGCUAGGACAUCUCGCACAGAGUUUGGCGUAGAUCUUGCCACGUGUGAGUUGGAGACUGUAGACCAUUCAUCGGUGGCUCUAGCACUCGAUGUGUUCGAGCAGUUCAGGGAACGCCUUGAGACGGAAACCUAUCUCCGCGAGUUGGAAUACAUGAUCCACAAUAACUCGAUUCUAGUAGGGCGUAUGCUUCCCUUCUCCAUGCAGGAAGAGGUUGAAAAUCCAGCGCGCUCGGCAUUCAGCACGAGUGACUCGAUGCUCGUGUUUGACUCGGACACGGCAAAGUGGGUAGUGCAUGCACUGCAACCAACUCUUGGGCCAAACAAGGUGGAGAUUGAUAUCGAUACAGCAGGUGUGAGCUAUCUGGAUUUUUCCAACGCCACAAAUAUUGCUGCGGCCUCCAGUAGUGUGCCGGGGCUUGAUGCUGCCGGAGUCGUGUGCCGUGUUGGUUCACGCAUCACCGAUCUCUCUGCUGGGGAUCGGGUCAUUGUGCUCGCCUCUGGAUGCUUCAGCACGUCCGUGACUGUGGCCAGGGAACGCUGCGUGCGAAUCCCCGAUGAAUUGUCGCUGAAGGAAGCAAGUACAAUGCCCUUGGCUUUUUCUACUGCCAUAUAUUCCCUGGUCGAUGUUGGCCAGCUAAAGAAAACUCAGACUGUGUUAAUCCAUUCAGCAUCUGGUGGAGUAGGCAAUGCUGCUAUCCAAAUCAGUCAAAUGCUUGGUUGCAAAGUCUACGUGACUGUAGGAAGUGACAAGAAAGCAGAAAGCCUAGCCGAGGCUUACGGAAUCCCUCGAGAUCAAAUCUUCAAUUCACGGGACACAUCGUUCGUCCGUGGGAUCAAAGAUGCAACCGAUGAGCGGGGGGUAGACUUGGUCUUGAACACGCUGUCUGGUGACCUAUUCGCGGCUUCAUGCGAAUGCGUUGCACCGGGAGGCAAGAUCAUCAACCUUGCUAGAGCAGCAGGUAACGAAACCCACAUUCUCUCCCGGUUGCUUCGGAACAGUAUGUCACUUAUCACAAUCGACAUCCUCAACCAUUUCAAUGCACUUGAAGCAGAGGAAGCCCCGGUAGCGCCCUCGGAUGUCCCCUGCAUUGGACCAUUACUUGCUCGAAUAAUGGAUAUGUAUUCUCAGAAACAAAUUCGGCCACUGGCGGUUGCAGAGACGUUUUCUGCACGCCAUGCGCAGCAGUGUCUUAGGUCCAUGGACAGUCGGGAGCACAUUGGUAAAACGUUGUUGUCAAUGGGUGAGUCUGGGGACUUGCCGCAAACUUGGCGCCUGUCGUCCACCAUGAGGUUCAAAAGCGAUGCAUCCUAUCUGCUAGUCGGAGGCCUCGGCGGGCUGGGCCGUGGUCUAGCUCGCUGGAUGGCUGAGCAUGGUGCGGCACACUUUGUGUUUUUAUCGCGUAGCCCUGGAGCUGAAACACAUCGAGAGCUAUUCUGCGAGCUGGAAAACAAAGGAUGCACCGUGACCGUGGUCCGGGGAGAUGUCUCCAGUAUUACGGACGUGGAAAAAGCUGUUUCCGCAUCACCGGCACCACUCAAAGGAAUUUUCAACUUAUCCAUGGUGCUGCAGGACAGGUCACUCUUGGCAAUGACUCUCGAUGACUGGAAGACGGCGACACAACCCAAGGUUCAGGGCACGUGGAAUCUGCAUGCCGUAUCUCGAUGCAUGGGUCUGGACUUCUUUGUGCUGUUCAGCUCCAUGUGUGGUAUUAUUGGAAUGCCUGGGCAGGCAAACUACUCGGCCGGCAAUACAUUCAUGGAUGCGUUCGUGCAGUACAGACACAGCCAAAGCCUACCCGCGUCGGUUGUUGAUGUGGGGGCUGUGGAGGGGAUCGGCUGGACUGCGGAUAAUACCAAGAUCCUAGAACGAUCAAAGUGGCUCGAAGGUGCAAUCAUGUCGCAGCAGGAGCUGUUCCAGGCCGUCACACUUGCCGUCCUUGCAUCGGAUGGCGGGCAACAUGUCAGCCCGGAUUUUGUCGAACCAUCGCAGGUCAUCACCGGGUUCCGCAUGACUCCGGCCCUAACUGAGGCGUUCCAUGGCAAGGCUACCUUUCUAGACCGUCGGCUGGCAACCUACUCCAACGGGGAUUCCGCAGCCGAUGGCGCCGAUACUGUCACUGGUACCGUUGGAGAUGCCCUGAAGAGCUUCAUCGCUAUGUUGCCGGCAAACGUGGACAGAUUGGAUGAUCCCAGCACCAGCAAAUUCAUCGCAAGGGAGGUUGCAGCUUGGGUCUUUGAUCUGCUUCUGAAGCCGGUCGAGGAUGGCGCCGAGGUCGACCUGGCCCGCUCGUUUGUUGAUAUUGGAUUUGAUAGCCUGGCAGCUGUGGAGCUGCGCAGCUGGUGGAAAGCAACUUUGGGUUUGAAUAUUAGCGUCUUGGAGAUUAUGUCCUUUCCAAACCUGGCUGCGCUGGGUGACCAUGUAGUUUUGGGUUUGAGAGCUAAGUUCAGAUCAAGUACUUGACCUGAGUUCAGGGGGUUAUACCUUGUUGGAGAUAGACUGCGUGACAGAAAGAUAGUUCCACACAGUGUGCAGGCUUCAGUAUGACGCCAGUACCUUGAGGCUGAGAAAU